AUACUACUUUCAUUCGGACCAUCAUUAUACCCUCUAUGUACUGUACCAUUCUCAACUGAAAUUUGUUUCCUCACGUUUGUGAGUCGAGUCCGAAGCUAAGGGGUCAUUAUUACAUCGACGACGCCCAUGCCGGUUUCAUUCAUCAGCAUGUACACCGCACCCAUCUACCUCCACCAUCUUCCCUGAGAGUUCCUAUUCGAUUCCCAUUGGCACGUUCGCAUUUCGCUGAUGGUCCAAUCAAAAAGAGUGCCUUCGCAGUUGUAUGCCGACUAACCGUCGAAUGCUCAUCAAGCACCGUAACCGCUGGAUAUAAGCAGUCCCGGUCCAUCUCCAUAGCACAUUUUCCUCCACCCACUUCCAACCCGUCGUCUGGGAAACACAUACAAAUACGAGGACUUCCUGCUCUUCUCUAUCUCUAGACCAUCUCUAGAUCAACAUUCUUUGCCUCCGUUGCCCUAGCCAGCACUUCGGAAUCUCAUAAUGCAGGGCAUGUUCUCUCCAGAUACAGAUACUUUCUCAACGCCACCGACCACGCCUACUCUUCCAAACACUGAGAUACGACCUUCAUUAUCUAGACGUACAAGUAGACCAUCCAGCCUUCAUAUUCAACAUUCUGCUGUCUCCGACGUUGUUCUCGAUCAUCAAUCAUCGCCCGAUCCCUUUGGUCACUCCGCACAAGGCAAGAAUAGUACGCCUCUAACCGCUACGCUCGAGUCCUACCAGAAUAGUUUACAGCACAUGAACGGGACAUCUUCAAAUGGAUACCAUGCAAAUGGGGAGAGCUCGUCGACCCCGUCUUCAGGUAGUCCGGCAUCGCACGGACCUAGUCAACAAGUGACGUCGCCCGAGGGGCAACAACAACUGCGAUCACCUCGUCCACCGUCCGCCAUGACCUCUCCAUGCUUCGUUCAUUCACAGCUUCAGGGAGCUUCAUUCAGCGACUGGCUUAAAGCUAAACAAGCCAAGCAGAUACAUGAUGCCAGAAUUACUAUCGGGAGAAACCUUUCAGGUGCUCAUCCCGACGGGACUGUCUCUGAUUAUUACGAGGAGGGGGAUUUUCAUGUCCAAUUAGAUGACGAGACCUCUGCAGGAAGUUUAACGAAGCAAUUAGCAGAGACUGCUGUUGGCGUGCGGGAGAUGAGCAAGCAGCUCGGUGAGUUACUAUGUUGCCUACCGUUACUCUCGAUUGCUAACGCAUAUACAGGACGAACUCGCGUGCAUUCUGUCAUCCAAUCCAUCCUAAUUGUUACGAAAGCAAGAGACAACAGGCUUAUUAAGCUCACUCGAGAACUUGCGCUAUAUCUUAUGCUGAGACGUCUAAAUGGAGGUCGGGGUAUGAUUGUAUAUGUCGAUAACCAGCUGAAAACGUCUCGCCGAUUUGAUGCCGCUGGUAUUGAGAGAGACCAUCCCGAGCUCUUCGCCCCAUUCCCUAGGAGGAGAGACUCUGGUUCAUCUGUGUCGUCAACGAGUACACUUGGGGACCCUCCACCUGUUGCUGAAGGUCAACUGCGAUAUUGGACAGCUGAUAUGUGCAGUAGGACUCCACAUCUUUUCGAUUUUGUCGUAACGUUGGGCGGAGAUGGCACGGUUCUAUUCACAUCAUGGCUCUUCCAACGCAUCGUACCUCCCGUCCUCCCUUUCGCCCUUGGCUCCCUAGGUUUCCUUACCAAUUUCGACUUCUCUGACCACCAGGCUGUCAUGGACAAUGUUAUUAACAAUGGGAUCCGUGUCAACCUUCGCAUGCGAUUUACAUGUACAGUAUACCGCUCUGUCGCUCCUGACAAGUGCGCAAAGAGACGUGCAGUAAAGAAAGCCGAUACUGGGGAGAUUCUGAUGAAGAACUUGGAGAAGAGUGGUUGGGAAGCUUUGGAGAACGGGUAUUAUCCGGUGAAGGAGGGCAAGUUCUCCUCGAAAGACAAGGAGAUUACGUGUUACACGACAAGACCGGUUGAGAGCUUCGAGGUCCUCAAUGAUCUGGUGAUCGACCGUGGUCCUAGUCCAUAUGUCAGCUUACUGGAGUUGUUCGCUGAUGAACACCAUUUGACGACCGUCCAGGCCGAUGGUCUUACUGUCGCCACACCCACCGGCUCGACGGCAUAUUCGCUAUCUGCUGGUGGUUCUCUUGUCCAUCCGGAGAUCCCUGCCAUUCUGAUUACUCCGAUAUGCCCACAUACACUCUCGUUCCGACCUGUGCUUCUACCCGACAGUAUGGAACUGCGUGUAUGCGUUCCGUUCAACUCUCGAAGUACAGCUUGGGCGUCCUUCGAUGGUCGUGGCCGCGUUGAGCUCAGACAGGGCGACCAUAUCAAGGUUACUGCGUCCAAAUAUCCCUUCCCUACUGUUUGCGCCGAUAGCCAGUCCACAGAUUGGUUCCAUGCCAUUUCACGUACUCUCAAAUGGAAUGAACGUGAACGGCAGAAGUCCUUUGUCGUUGUGGAGGAGGGGCCUGAAAAGCCAAAGGCGAAGAAGAAGCAGAAAGCCAGGGUCUCCGUCUCCGUCGAGGAGCAUGUUCGGGCCGAACACAAAUUGCAGGAAACCAACGAAGAAGAGGACGAGGUCUCUGACGAGGAAUUAUCUGAAGAAGAGGAAGAGGAAGAGACCUUUGACAUCGACGACCUCUCUUCGAGCGAAUCGCCUAAGAGCUCCGAAGGCUCAGACGAGUCUCAAGGUGUGAAAGGUGUGAAAGUUGUACACAAACAGAGUUUCUUGGAAGAAACUAUCGGACGGGAGAAAGUGCUAGAGCAGGAAUACGGGACGCAAUAUGGCCCAGGACAAGCUGAAGCUUUGGCAAAGGCCCUCGCAAAGGAAUCAUUAGUGUCUACGAGGCUACGAGCAAAGCAACGCUCUGCGCGUUCAAGGUCGAGGACGAAGUCGGGUGAGAGUUCUGGUGUGGAGACUCCAGAUCGGUUUGCUGGACCUCAUCCACAUCCCCCACGAGUGUCUCCUCGACAUGUUCAGUUCGUUUCACCACUACAGUCCUCGCCACAGGACAUACAAACGACACCGAUGGUGCGGGAUUCCACUAUCACUCGGGAUACGGUUCUCUCUCCUAGAGACAACUUGAAGACACCUACUUUGCACGAGUCUCAUCCGGGGAGGAGGAAAGGGAGGAGUCGGGAGAGAGGGGACAAGAACGUGCCGUCUGAUGUUCAACAUACGAGGAGGGCGUUUGCGGUGUGGGGUCAGGAUGAGAGUGAUAGCGCGGCGAGUGAUUGUGAUCUUUGAGUUGACAUUAUUUUUUUUUGCUUUCGUCUUCUUGGUGUAUGCUUUUCUUCAGGAUAGAAUGGAUGGGUUUUCUUAUAGUGGCAUGCAUGCAUUCAUGGUUUACGUCUUUUCAUACAUAAAACAAGCAACCUGUAGAGCAUUCAUGCACAUGAUUGUAUAAUAUAUAUUGGAUAUCUUUGGCCCU